AUGAAGGCGUUGGCAGCGUUUGCGUUCCUGUGCACCGCGCGCGCGGGAUACAUCACGGUCGGGAUAAACGAGGCGCGGCAAUGCAACACCUCACUGGUAGAGUGGUACGGCGACGACGGGCCAUACCACCUCCUCCUGACACCUACGCAGUUUGUGAGCCACGGAUACAACGUCUGGAUCCCCAAUAUAUCGAAUGGGACCAACGCGUACAAUCUCACCAUCGACCAGCCGGCCGGCUUGCAGUAUAUGGUCACGGUUUGGGGAGCUAGUGGCAUCGAAUAUGCCGGUACCACAGAUGUUCUGACCGUACAGCCGUCCGAUAAUAAGGACUGUUUCCACCCCGAUAACGAGAUUAACGGGCUGUAUACUUUUGCAUUCAACAUUUCCAACUCGGAUGGGUUUCCACCCCAGUGCUCGAAUUUGAGCAUUAGUUGGCCGACUAGUCUCGAGUCCAACAUUACCUAUGUGAGGCGGAGUUUGAGUUUACCAUCUGUGGAGGGCGACCAAGUCGACAAGGUGGACAGCGUCUUGCCCUCCGUGUCCAUACCACACAAGCGACAGGAAGUCCCCGUCCCACUCCCCACCAAUACGGACCAGUCGAGCAGCAAGACCAAGGGCAACACGACCCACCCACCCACAAUGUUCGGCAUCAUCCCGCUAGGCAACAGUUUCAACAUCCCGAUAACGUACGCCGACGACGUCAAGUUCGCCGACGACCUCCCGCCCCAAAGUCUAAGCGAUCACCCAUCGACAUGGACGCGGUCGGGGGUAACGUACAUGAAUUGGACAGUCGCGUUGGCCAAGGGCACGCGUUUCAUCCUCGUCGCGGGAAUGGGGGACGAGUGGGCGAGUGGAGGCAGCAGUGAGAUGAUGACUGUCGGACAAGGCGGGUUUGACUGUUUCGGCAACGAUCCAAAGCCCUCAGUCACAGCCGUGAGCAGUACCGGCGCCCUCAAUCUACCGACAUCUGUCCCGCCCAGACCAAGAACGGACAAGACCAACACAGGGGUCAUUGUCGCCUGUGUGUUCAGUGUGCUCGCCACAUUGGCAGCCAUGAUGUUCCUGUACUGUUGUUGUAGAGUCCGAUCGCGCCGUCGCCAGGCGCGCAAGAACGGUCUUCCGGCACCAUCACUAGUCAGCCUCGCCACCUUUGGGCGAUUGGAGAAACGCUCCUUCGUCAAUCGCGGCGUCUACGUCCCUGGGAACCGGGAUACCCAGCUCGACCUCCUUGACGACUCGCGUCCUGGUUCGACGUGGAGCCGCGCGCCUGGAGGAAGUGGGAGCUCGAGCUCGCGACCCGGAACCCAAUACGAUUCGCCAGUCGAAGUGGCAGAGUACGCUUACGACCUUCCGUUCGCGCCUGCCGCACCGGGGCAAUACGAGUCCGACUCGCCCGUAGAGCGCGAUUACGCUUAUGACCAUUCAUUCGUACCUCCACUAGCGCCUGGAUCACCCUCCCUCUCUCCCGCAAUGAAAUAUCCAACCGGAUACACACGCGUAUCGUCGUCGUCUUGGCCGGCGCGCGGUGCUUUGGAGCCCGAGUUGCUCCAACCUCUUCCAACCCCUCAAUCUCCGCCACAAUCCCACACCCCACCCCUCCUACCCCUGGCACCGACGGAAAUCCGACGCGGCCCACUGGUACUACACGACCCUUUGGCCGGUUCCGAAGUCGAUACUCUUAAGCGGGAUACGUUGGCCAUGCCGCGGGGAGAGGGCUCGCGUCCUCGCCGCCGCCGUACUGAUGCUGAAGACGAGGUAAUUGUCCAUCGUGAUGCUGGGCGAGUCAGGCCUAUUGAGCUGCCACCGCGCUACGACGAGCUUGAUUGGGACGCCGAGGCGCCGCUUCCUAUGCCUGUCCCGAGUCACAGCCAAAGCCCAAGCCCAAGCCCAAGCCCCGGCGGCAGCCCGAUUAACCAUCAUCCCCAAACGCGAGCGGGCAUGUACUCGCCUAGUCCCGUCUCACUGUAUGACCCGCCGGGAGGGUGUGCGCUCGAGCGACCGAUCAGCCUCGCUAGCCUGGAGAACGGGCGGCCGAGCCACAGUCCAAGUCCCAGGUCCCCGGUCCCACAUAGCCCCCGAUGGGCAGGCUCGAGUCCCACUCACUCACCCUCGCUAUAUGAUCCACCAGGCGGAUAUGCCCUCGAACGCCCCACUAGCUUUGCGAGCUUUGAUAGCGGACGUGUGUCGCCCGCACUCCCGCCUGGCGCAGCGCCACCAAUGCAAUCUCGCUCGCCGAUGGGCUCACCGCGCCCCAGGUUCGGCUCUCCACAAUCCCCCUUGGGUUCGCCAGAGCCCACUCCCCCCACUCCCGACCGAGGGCCGUCACGACACAGCACGGCGUAG